AUGCCACUAACAAGCGCAGAAUUGAACUAUCUAAUAUGGCGAUAUUUUCAAGAAACAGGGUAUGAUUUGUCUGCAUUCACCUUUGAUCGGCAGUCACAGUGUCUGAAGUACGAACAUCAAGAGAAUGAGGAUAUAAUCAACAGGAUAGAGCCUGGAUGUUUAGUAGAUUUAGUACAGAAGGGGAUACUAUAUACUAUAGCGGAAUCCGAUGCCAAAGACGAUAGUGAUUAUACUUUAUUGGGAGCACUUGUGCAGCAAGAAAUAACCAAUUUGAGUGAUUCUAAUUUCUCCAAGACCAAAAAUAACAAGAGGUUUCAGUUAAAAUCAGAAGCAGAAGAGAAUGGUAACAGAAAAGAGGAUGAAAUGGAUAUUGAUAAUGGAGUGGCAUAUAAUGUCAACACAGAAACUAAAGAACUUUCGACAGAACUACACUUUUCAUCCAGUUUAUCCUGCGAUUGGCAUCCUACUAGUGAAGUGCUUGCAUAUGGGAAAUCUAAUGGAAGCGUAAUCAUAAAUGCAAUAGGAGAUGGAAAAUUUGUGGAGUCGGUGGAAGUGAGCCACCCUGAUUUAUUGAAUGCUAAAAAUGAGAUUAAUAUUGUAUCAUGGUCUCCAUUGGGCAAUUUGCUACUUACAGCCGGUGCGUUUAGUGAAAUACGCGCAUGGUCACCCGAUGGUAAACUUCGGAAUAUCGCAAAUACUGUAUUUGAGGAUAUCAGUGCAGAAAGUGAGAUUAAGCAAUCGUUGAUUACAAAUAUUUUAUGGAGCAAGCUGGGGAAAUUUGUUAUAACCAUUGACAGUGCCAAUAAUACAACAGUUUGGGAUGGAGUCACCCUAUCGUUGAUACGACAAAUCCAAACUGAAGAACUGAAUGAUGUCGCUACUACCAAUGCUACUAUUGAUGCUAACGGCGACGCUGUGCAGACUGCAUGUUGGCUAAGUGAGGACAAAUUUGCUUUAACUACUGCAACACAAGGAAUCAAGAUUUACGACAUCACACAACCGUACGUUGGUGUAAAUAGCUAUGAAGUACGAGCAAUAGGAAGCUUACCCGGGCAUCAAAAUCACAUUUCAUUGAUGAAACUUAAUGAGUUUUCCAAGCUCUUGGUCACUUGCUCCGACUUUGAUUAUGAGAUCAAGGUAUGGACCAGCUCAGCUGCUCAUACAUCUUUGGAUUUGAAUGUCAAAACUGAGAGGAAUCAAGCAUUGAAGCUACACGCUUCACCUAUCAUUGGACUACAUUGGAUACCCGAUACCGAUAGGAGUAUAUUGGCGUCGCUUUCAAUGGAAGGUAUUUUGAAUAUGUGGGAUGCGGAGACUGGUGACAAUCUCAAGAGCUCAGAAUUGUUCAAGAAUGCUGAGAAUUUUUCACCUGAAGUUCGCCAUAAUGUUUCAAAAGACGUAUUACUAUUCAACAGUGUAUUAUCGCCAAAUGGGAAACUACUAGCAGUGGGUGACGAUUUUGGAAAAGUUUCAAUUUGGGAUGUGAAUGUAAAAAGUCAUAAAGGUGAAGACAAGAGCUUUGUACGAUGUGUUGCUAUCUACACGCCAAGCAUUCCUCCUGAAGGUGAAACCAAAGAGUCUGCUAUAGGGUUGAGUGAUUUACGGUGGGACCAUGGGUCGAAAACCCUUGCUGCAUCAUAUAUUGGAAUAGAAAGUGUAAUAAUUAAUGUGUAA